CGCAAACGCAACAGGUGGACGGAACUACGCGCAGUUCGAUAAGUAACGGUAAAACCCCGAAAGUAGUUUAGGUUCUAGUUUACGCCGAACCAAACUUGACUCGAAACUAUGGCCGCGAGCAAUGGAGCUGCAAGCAGCAAAAACAAUAAUCCCAGUGAUUUGGAUACUCAAGUGAAUGUGGAGGAUUUGCCAAUCAGCUUCAAGGUCAAAUACAUUGGCUCGGAGGCGGCGCGUGGACUAUGGGGCAUUAAGUACACACGGCGGCCGGUUGAUUUGAUGGUGGGCGUGGCCAAGAAUCUGCCGCCCAACAAGGUGUUGCCCAACUGCGAACUGAAGGUGUCGACAUCGGGCGUGCAGCUGGAAAUCAUAUCGCCCAAGGCGAGCAUCAAUAACUGGAGCUACCCGAUCGAUACGAUCUCAUAUGGAGUACAGGACUUGGUCUAUACACGCGUAUUUGCCAUGAUUGUGGUGAAGGAUGAGUCCAGUCCGCAUCCAUUCGAAGUGCACGCCUUCGUCUGCGACAGUCGAGCCAUGGCCCGCAAAUUGACCUUUGCCCUGUCAGCCGCCUUUCAGGAUUACUCGCGUGUGGUCAAGGAGGCUGCAAGCGAUGAGCAGGACGGCAGUGCCAGUGCCACGCCUAGCGAUACCAUUACGCCCACGAGGCACAAGUUUGCCAUCGAUCUGCGCACACCCGAGGAGAUCCAAGCAGGCGAACUGGAGCAGGAAACGGAGGCAUAGCAUAUAUAUAUAAGUGUAUUAAUUAUAUAUGUGUUUCAACUUUUGGGAUUCCGGCUUACGUGUCCAUUGUGAUUGUCAAAGUUACUUAUCGUCCAGCUGCGGCAGAUGCUGUUGUUACAUUGUAGUUCUCUCACCUGGUAGUUGCCUCAUACAGCUAAUUACCCAAAGCCUAAGCAUAAGGCAAUUGUAAACAAACAAAAAACAA